CCUACCCUUUUUCUUUCUUUCGUUCUUGUCUUGACGUGUCUGUUGGCCUUUAGGAGAGAAAAAGAAAGAAAGGAAGAGAAUGAAAUUGGAAUGGUGCCGAAUCCCACAUUCAUACAGCGUGAGUUCGGGUAGCGCGCUGUCUCAGUAAAACUUUCAGUUAAUCGGAUGGACUGACAACGACGAGUUCCCUGGCCAAGUAGCAAAGGUACUCGGCGAGGUCGUGAAUGCGAUUUGCGUUGGUGCCUUCUCUCCAGAGAUACUCGGAUAGCCCUCGUGUGUUUGUGUAUGUGGAUUUUUUGUGUGUUACGUACGUUUCGACUUCGGUUCGAUGAUGACGGACUAAAUGACCAUCGAGGUGACCAAAAUGGAACGCGAUUGGUCUUGGAGUGUGGCAUGUUUUGGUCAACAGAAAGACUACAUGGAUCUUCCUCCCCGUACUUGGGGCGAAAAGGAAGCAAAAGGGGAGGAGCCGGAAUUAUGGUCCAGCGGCGGUUAUGAAGCGGCCGUUGACUGCUGGUCAGAGUCAACUAGUGAGUUGUACCAAACUAGUGGGACUCGAUUGGUAGAGCCAACCGGUGUGAAUUUGUCGGAACAGCAACGUUCUUGGGGUCCUCGUCGUAGAAGUAGUAGCGUCAGCAGACAUCAAGUUGCUGAUAUUCUUGCCCCAAAUUGGUCCAAUUCACCCAAUGCGUCGGUCCAAUUCCCACCUUAUUCACCGUCGGCAAGUUCUUUCCAUCGCGAUUCUAGUCCCUCUCCGUCAUUAAGACGGUGGAAACAGUUGAAACAGGCCGGACGCAAUUUACGGAGUUGGCGGCGCCUCUAUAGCAGUAUUGAGGAAUUGCGCACGCUCCCGUCAGCAGCAGUCCCAUUCCAUCAGCGCAGUAUGAGCGUCAGCAUGACCAAAGAGCAGCAACAACUGCAGCAUCAGCAACAACAGCCACAGCAGCAUGGCAACGAAUGGAGUCCGCUCCAGGUGGCCAACAGCACUCGGCUAGGACUAGCACCACAGAUGGCCCGGCCUUUGCUCAUCCAAAGCCACUACGGUGGUGGUGGCCACAACAGCAGUAAUAACAGUAGUCACAGUGAUAUUCGGCCUCCGCUAAAACAGCAAAUGUUGCCACCCGAACUACCGUUAAGGAGGGGCGGAUCCGUCGACCGGGUUCUGCUGCCCACCGACAACUACAAUACAAACACAACAAAAUCGUCAAAUAGCGAAAGCGGGAGCUCUUUUAUUGCUGCCAAUACGGUCGCUUUCAAAGUGUACGGACCCAAUUCCAGCCAAGGGUUUAACAUUGUCAAAUGUCUGGAUUCAUCCACAGUUGAAGAAGCCAUUGCUAUGGUGACGGAACCACUGGCAGCGCGUCCUCGUGCCUAUCAGGCACUUUACGGCUUACGAAUAGUCGAGUCAGCUAACCCUCGGGGCCCUCAUUAUUGGUUGGAUAAUAGUUCCACACUGUCACAGGUGCAAGAGCGUUUCGCGUUGGCGAUGAUUGGCACCGUUGACAGCAAAUGGCGAGUCGAAUUGCGAAUACGGUGCGUGCCUAAAGACUUGCACGACCUCUAUGAAAAAGACAAGUCCACAUUUCUCUUUUAUUACGAUCAGACUCGCUUCGAUUAUUUGAGCCAUGGGUCUCUGACAGUUGAGCCGGAGCUUGCAGUGCAUUUGUGUUGCUUGGAGAUUCGACGAGUUUUCAAGGACUUGUCGCCAUCGGCGUUAGAGAAACGCUCCAGUUUAGAAAAUCUGGAAAAGGAAUUUGGACUACGCAGCCUCUUACCCGAAUGCAUCGUCGCCAAUAUCAAAUCCAAAAACCUGAAAAAGAUGAUCCAACAGCAACUCAAAAAGUGUGUCGCAUUAGCCGAAGCGGCCUGCAUGUUCAAAUUUCUAGAUCUCCUUCGUACCGUCUACCGUUACGAUCGAGAAAAGUUCCAGUGUGAUUUGGGGACCGGUUGGUCCAUUCCAGUUGAGCUCAUUAUCGGUCCAGAUGUUGGCAUAUCCUACACGGCUAGUCAAGCAGGCAGUCAGUUGAUUUUAGUGGCGGAUUUUAGUCACGUGUCCCAGGUGGAAACCCUAAUGUCUGCUGACUGUGAGAGCCACAAUGUACAGCGUAUGGCUGGCGGACUCGGUAAUAACAAAGCCGUCGUGCAUAUCAAAGUUGCCGGCUCCCAGGAGCCAUUGCUCAUAACCUGCACUUCAAUUGAGACGGCCGAAAACAUAGCUGAUCUUGUGGAUCGUUAUUGCCGUUUGGUCAACGGUACCAACCUCUCGUUGUGGAAUAAACGAGCUUCUCAAAUGACUUAUUAUGGAUGUCCAUGCUAUCACGAUCUAGUCAAUCGCUCACGACCAGGAUCAAGGAUAAGCGCGACGAAUUCAAGAAACACGAGCAGAAAUGGUAGCCCGGCACCAAUGGGACCGGCGCAUCGGAGUCGAGUGGCCGGAGAUCCAGGCAAUGAUACGCGCGAUUAUGCAGAAUUGGUCGAUGAUGACGGCGACUAUUCCACUCCUUCUGUGCCUAAUUACGAGCUGUCGCGAAAUUCAAUCGAUCUACAAGAAAUUAUUGGCUACGGUCAUUUCGGUGACGUCCAUCGUGGUUUCUUUCGCAACGGUGGUGGCGAUCCUACUCUUGUAGCUGUCAAAACGUGCAAAGAUCAGACUAUGGCUGACAAAUUUCUCGAAGAAGCUUAUAUUAUGCAGCAAUUUGAUCAUCCGAACAUCAUCCGACUAAUCGGUGUCUGCUCUCAAGCGCCCGUCUGGAUCGUCAUGGAAUUAGCGAAAUACGGUGAAAUGAGGGCUUACCUACAGAAGAAUCAAGCCCGCUUAGAACUGGAUUUGGCUACUUUAGUCUUAUUCGCCUAUCAGCUCAGUACGGCGCUCUCUUACCUUGAAUCGAAAAAAUUCGUCCACAGAGACAUAGCGGCGCGUAAUAUUUUGGUAUCUGCCGACGACUGUGUCAAGUUAGCUGAUUUCGGGUUAAGCCGUUGGGUGGAAGAAUCGAGCUAUUAUAAGGCUUCGAAAGGAGUACUGCCAAUCAAAUGGAUGGCUCCGGAGUCGAUCAACUUCCGCCGUUUCACAACGGCCAGUGAUGUGUGGAUGUUUGGUGUCUGCAUGUGGGAGAUCUUCAUGCUCGGAAUAAAACCAUUCCAGGGGAUCAAAAAUAGUGACGUCAUUGGACGAAUAGAGAAUGGCGAACGCCUCCCUCUGCCUCUUAUCUGCCCACCUAAUCUCUACAGUUUGAUGCUUCAGUGUUGGUCUUACGAGCCUUCCAAACGCCCAUGCUUCCGUGAAAUUAAGGAGACGCUCAAUGAAAUUCUCAUGGAAGAACGACGAGAACGAGACGAGACAAUGUGGCGAGAGAACCGACGAGUGCAUGCUGUUUCAUGGGGUUCCAACGGUUCCGGAGGCAAUGGAGAAGACCUUCCUCCACCUAAGCCUUCCCGAGUACCAGCCACGUACGUUGGCGCUGCCCCAAAUGCUGGAAAAUUCGUGCCUCCUGGUGUCAACGACCAGCUUCUGCCAGGACCGACGACGUACCUUGUGGCGCCUAAUAGCGAAGUGUUGGCCCAGUUGAUGCGCGACAACGAGACCCGCGCGGAUGCCGGGCAGUACAUGGCUCCUGCCUCAGCCUUCAAUACGUUCACGGUAGAGUUUAGCCAUACAAGUUCAUCCCCCUCCAAUCCCGCCUCCCCACACCAUAAAUCCAAGGCAAACUGUCGCAAGAAUCAACAGCAGCAGCCCGUUUACGCCAACGUCAUGACAUCCGACUCGACGGCAGCAGCCAUUGGUGGCUCAACUCCAUUGAAUGAAUCGAAUGAACCACUAAGCGACCACCUGGAACAGGAAAGGCGGAUGCUGGAGUGGAAGUUGCGUCAACAGCAGCGGCAAUCAGAAGAAGAUAGUCGAUGGUUGGCCGAAGAAGAAAGUCACCUGAGAAAGAGAUUGUCUGUUGCAGCUAGCUUGUCCGAUCGAUCGGACACGGAUUCAAUGGAUGGGGCAAGUGCUUGCCAAAAAGAUAGGUCAACGCCUAUUCAGGGCAAUCAAGUGGACGAGCGGUCUGUGGUGGUGAAGAAAUUGGAACCUACUCCGACGGCCCGUCUUGACCGAACAUAUGACAAAGUGUAUGAUGCCACGACUUACGUGGUUCGAGCUGUUAUGUCACUCUCAGAUGGAGUUAAACAAGCAAAGAUCGACAACUAUGUUGACCUUGUGAAAAAGGUCGGUUUGGAGUUGCGGACGCUUCUAACAAGUGUUGAUCAGCUAGUACCGCACUUCCCUCCCAGCACACAUCGAGAGGUUGAAAUGGCGCACAAGGUGCUUAGCAAAGACAUGGCCGAAUUGGUUAGUGCCCUCAAAUUAGCGGAAAGGUACAGCAACACAACCUUGGAUAACGAGUACCGCAAGGGAAUGCUGUCUGCUGGCCACAUAUUGGCUAUGGACGCAAAAAAUCUAUUGGAUGUGGUGGAUCAUGUGCGUAUUAAACAUCCCCACGUCAAUGUUUUCUUCAGUGGUCCCAAUCGGUCGCAAGAAUCUUCUGGUGUUUCAGCUGCGGCUAAAACUUCCUAGCAAACUAGCUCAUCGCGAGAGCAAAAUUCGCCCUCCGUGUUUCAAAAAAAAAAAAAAAAAAAAAAGAUUUAUAUUUAUUUUCCUUUUUUUUUUUUUUUAUUAUUAUAUUGCUUCUUACGACGAUUAGUAUUCGUCUGCUGUGUCGCGUAUACCGAAAUUCCAAAUUGAUAGCAUAUAAAACAAAUGACUCGGUUUGCGCGAUGUUUUGCGGAUCGCUUCAACUCCGAUUAUAUGUAAGAGUCCAUGGCUACACACACACGCGAUGUUUUGUUGUAUAGUAGAUUCGUGUUGCUCCAUUCUUCGAGAGACCCCCACUAGUCUUGACUUUUGUUUCCUUCUUGAAUGAAAAACUUGGUUCCGACGCAAAAAUCCUACUACUUCUACUACUAAGUAUUCAGCACCAAUGUUGAAUGAAGCACACAGUAAGUUUACAAGAUACAAUGAUCAUAGUAUUAAUGUCAUUUUCGAUCGAUUGUAUUCAGUGUGUUUUCCUGAUUCGCCGAAGAUUCUGCUCUUCUCAAUUCUUUCUCUGAUGUCGUUUCUUUCGUUUGCUGUCUCCGGCGCCCUCCUAUGCCACUAUGACAUUUCUAAGUACACCAGGUCAAGUGAAACACCAAAUGCAGUACCCAUCGCUAGCAAUGUAGCCCUAAAAAAGUUACGGACACCAUCCAAAGGCAAAUUAUUGUACACCAAUGAUAUCCGGUUUAGGAGGAAAAAAAUAAGUUCACGAAUGAUGAAAACAGCAAGCUGUAAUGUGUUAACAUUAACUACGUGGUCACGUUAAUUUUGCAAUUGUGUGUAUCAUGUUGUCUUUCACCGUUUCGCUACGCAUUGAUUUAAUACAUGACUUCCUGAGA